UUUAACAUUAGUAUCCUGGUUGUCUGUCUGCGCAAUGGCACUGUUGCUGAUCCAGCAAUUGAAAUUGCUGCCGUUGAAUUUCAGUUAUUUCCACCUCUUUUCCAUUCAAAACCCUAAACUCAACUACUUUCCCCCCACUUCCAUUGACUUCUUUCUACAAAUAACUAAAUUAAAUUAAUUAUAUAAAUUCAUCUACUUUUCAAACGGUUUCCGUGAUCAGCGGUUUGUUGUAUCUAUCUAUCAAUCAAUUAUGAAUAAUAAUCAAAUUCAAAGCCUCCCCUCUUCUUCCUCUUCUGAUGAUGGUACCGGUUCCAUGGCCACUGCCCGCCAGAGUGCAGGGCACAGCCACGUAAGUCCUGAAAGUGGUCAUUCAAUCUCAAUGGGAUCAGCUUUUGGAGAUUCACGCAAUUGUCAUGAUGUGUUUUGGCUUGGGACCUUUCUUUUGCAUUUGGUCUUAGUAGGUCUUGGGCUUGGGGUGCUUGGGCUAAAUAGGUUUAGAAAGAAAGAUAGGCUUAACAUAGAUCAAUACACAAACAAAAUAAUUGGAAAUGAAGCCGAUCUAACUGAGGACUACUGGCCGCUAUAUGCUAUUGCUGCUGGACUUGGGACCGUUCUUGGGUGGGCUUGGUUGUUGUUGCUCGGUUCACGUGGGAAUCAAAUGAUGAAGAUUUCUGUCCACAUUUUGACCACUUAUCUCGCUAUUCUUAGUGUUUUGUGCUUUUGGGGCAAACUGGUUGUCUGGGGUGUUACUUUUGCUAUUGGUUCCGGCUUGCAGUUCUUAUAUAUCAUAUCGGUCAUAGACAGACUUCCAUUUACCAUGUUGGUGCUACAAAGAGCCGUAAAGAUGGUAUGGAAGCUUCCAGAGGUUAUGAGAGUUGCAUAUGCCUUCAUGGUACUCAUGUGUCUAUGGCUAGCCCUAUGGUCUUUUGGUGCGGCCGGUGUAGUGGCGUCUAGCAUUGGUGAUGGUGGACGGUGGUGGCUUCUUGUGGUUUUCUCAGUGAGUUUGUUUUGGACAGGUGCAGUUCUUUGCAAUACUGUUCAUGUUAUAGUAUCUGGUAUGGUCUUUCUUGUGCUCAUUCAUGGUGGUCGAGAAGCAGCAUCAAUGCCUCACAACCCCCUGAUGCAAUCUUUGCGAUAUGCCGUGACAACUUCUUUUGGAAGCAUCUGUUAUGGAUCACUUUUCACUGCUGCUAUUCGAACAUUACGUUGGGAGAUUAGGGGAUUCAGGUCGAAGAUUGGCAACAAUGAAUGUCUUCUAUGCUGUGUGGAUUUCCUGUUUCAUCUAGUUGAAACUUUUGUUCGUUUCUUCAACAAGUAUGCCUAUGUUCAGAUUGCAGUUUAUGGGAAAAGUUUCAAUCACUCCGCUAGAGACGCAUGGGAAUUACUCCAAUCAACUGGUGUGGAAGCACUUGUUGCCUAUGAUUGCUCUGGUGCUGUGUUAUUGAUGGGCACACUCUUGGGUGGCCUUAUUACUGGAACUUGUGCUGCAAUUUUGACCAGGAUUAAACAUCCUGACCGAGUCAUCAUGAUGGGAUCAACUGCGGUGUUGAUGGGCAUGGUCCUGAUCGGAUUGGCGAUGGUGGUGGUUGAAAGUGCUGUUACCUCGAUAUACAUAUGCUAUGCGGAAGAUCCAUUGUUGAUACAUAGGUGGGACCCAGAAUUUUUCAACCAAAUGUCAGAGACUUUACAUGAACGUCUCCAGCACAGAAGUUUACGAGGAACACAAGUAUUAAACAGAAAUCGACCUAAUGAGCACAUACAAGAAACACUUCCACUAUGAUCUUUGACUCUUUUUCAUCCAACUUCCCUACAAGUUUGAUGUUGAUAUUUAUAUCAACAAGUGAAUAGUUUUAGUUUAUAUCAUUUACAUCAACAGUUUUUCCUAUCAAUGAAAAUUGUAAUUUAUCCUUA